AUGGAUUCUGAUUCAGACUCACCUUUUAACUACUCGUGGCCUUCCUUUCCCAAAAUGAAGAUUCGGCGAAGGGCGUCGAAACAAGACCGCUCCUUUGAUGUGCUCAAAAAAUCCAAACACCCCCCAACGUUUCUCGCAGCAGACCGGCUUUCUGCCAUGCUGAAUGGCGGCGAUGAGGUCUACGCUAACUGUAUGGUGAUAGAUCAGGUUGGUGAUAUGGAUAUUGACUAUAUUAAUAUAGAAGGAAUUACUGCCAACACCAACACUGAAUCCAUGGGUUCUGCUCUUGGGUCUCAGCACUGCAAGAACAUCCUUCCUAGUGAAGUCAGCCCUGCUCUGUACCCAUUAGGUCAGAGCGGUGAAGUGACAUCAGAUAUCGAAGCCCAACAACAUUUUGUGUCACCAUCCAGUUCACAUGCUUCCAGUUUGCAUCUUUCUCUUGGGCUGCAUGGAUUUGAAAAGGAACAAAGUCAUUUGAAGAAAAGAAGUUCUAGCCUUGAUGCCUUGGAUGCCGACAGUGAAGGGGAUGGGCCCUCUGAGCAGGCCCACAUUUGCUACAAUCCAGUGUCCCAGAGUUCCUCAAGAACUGGGAUUCCUAGUGGCGAUGAAUUAGACUCUUUUGAGACCAACAAUGAACCGGAUUUUAAUAUCUCCAGGGCUGAAUCUGUAUCUUUUUCAAGUAAUUUGCAGCCAAAGGAAUCAUUGCUUUCUGGAGUCCGCUCACGUUCUUAUUCCUGCUCAUCACCCAAAAUUUCUCUCGGAAAAUCUCGGUUGGUGCGUGAUUUAACAGUAUGCAAUUCAAAUGAAGAGCAACGAGUUUACAGUUUACCAGAGCCACCAGGAGAAAAAAGGAUUCAGGAAGAAGAAUGGAACAAAUACAUUAUGCCUGCCAAAUCAGAGUCUGAAAAAUACAAAGUGAGCCGAACUUUCAGUUUUCUCAUGAACAGAAUGACUAGCCCUCGGAAUAAAUCUAAGACGAAGAGCAAGGAUGCCAAAGAUAAAGAGAAACUGGUUCGACAUCACUUUGUCCCUGGAACAUUCUCCGGGGUUCUGCAGUGUUUGGUUUGUGAUAGAACCCUCGUGGGAAAGGAGUCAUUCCAGUGUUCCAACUGUAAUGGAUAUGCACAUAAGGGUUGUAAAGACGCUGCACUUCCGUGUCCCAAGAAAUUCCUAGAGAAAUAUAACAAGAACAAACCGCAGACCAUCAUUGGAAAUUCCUCACUUAGAGACACUUCACAGUCUGGUCUCUACUUGAACUCUUCUUCCUCCAUACCCAUUGGAUUGCCAACUGGAAAGAAAGAAACAAUAGGACCAGUCCAUCCUUUGUCCAGAAGUGUUCCUGGCAUCACACUGGAAAGCCUCAGGAGGUCAGGGACAUCCUUGGAGUGCGAGAGUGAUGGCAGCAACUGGAGAAGCAGGUCUCAUUCCGAUGAGCUGACACAGUCCAUGGGCUCCUCUCCCUCCACGGAGUCAUUUAUAAUGGAAGAUGUUGUGGACUCCUCUGUCUGGAGUGACCUCAGCAGUGAUGCUCGGGAAUUUGAAGCAGACUCUUGGAGUCUUGUGGUGGACCCCUCAUUUUGCAGCCGACAGGAGAAGGAUGUCAUCAAGAGACAGGAUGUCAUUUUUGAGCUCAUGCAGACAGAACUGCAUCACAUCCAGACCCUCUUCAUCAUGGCUGAGAUCUUCAGAAAAGGGAUGAAAGAAGAGCUGCAGCUGGACCACAGCACUGUAGACAAAAUCUUCCCCUGUUUAGAUGAGUUACUUGAAAUCCACAGACACUUCUUUUAUAGUAUGAAGGAACGAAGGCAGGAAGCCUGCAGUAACAAUGACAGAAAUUUUGUCAUCAACCGAAUUGGAGACAUCUUAGUACAGCAGUUUUCAGAAGAAAAUGCAAAUAAAAUGAAGAAAAUCUAUGGAGAAUUUUGUAGUCACCACAAAGAAGCAGUUAGCCUCUUUAAAGAACUACAGCAGAAUAAGAAGUUUCAGAAUUUUAUCAAGCUCCGGAAUAGUAACCUUUUGGCUCGGCGCAGAGGAAUUCCAGAGUGUAUUUUGUUGGUCACUCAGCGAAUUACAAAAUACCCUGUCCUGGUGGAGAGGAUAUUGCAGUACACAAAGGAAAGAACUGAAGAACAUAAAGACUUAUGUAAAGCACUUUGCUUAAUUAAAGACAUGAUCGUUGCGGUGGAUUCAAAAGUCAGUGAAUAUGAGAAAAACCAGAAAUGGCUUGACAUCCUCAAUAAGAUCGAAAAUAAGACAUGCACAAAACUGAAAAAUGGCCAUGUUUUUAGGAAACAGGCUUUGAUAAGUAAAGAAAGGACUCUGUUAUACGAUGGCUUCGUUUACUGGAAAACUGCUACAGGUCGUUUCAAAGAUAUCUUAGCUCUACUUCUAACGGACGUGCUGCUGUUUUUGCAAGAAAAAGACCAGAAAUACAUCUUUGCAGCUGUUGAUCAGAAGCCAUCCGUUGUCUCUCUGCAGAAGCUUAUUGCUAGAGAAGUUGCUAACGAGGAGAGGGGAAUGUUUCUCAUCAGUGCUUCAUCUUCUGGUCCUGAAAUGUAUGAAAUUCAUACGAAUUCCAAGGAGGAACGAAAUAACUGGAUGCGACGGAUCCAGCAGGCUGUCGAAAGUUGCCCAGAAGAAGAAGGGGGAAGGACAAGUGAAUCUGAUGAAGAGAGGCGGAAAGCUGAAGCAAGAGUGACCAAAAUUCAGCAGUGUCAAGAAAUACUCAGUAACCAAGACCAGCAAAUUUGCAUGUAUUUGGAGGAGAAGCUGCAAAUCUAUGCUCAACUUGGAGAAUUGAGUGGAUUCGAGGAUGUUCAUCUAGAACCCCACCUUCUCAUUAAACCGGACCCAGGAGAGCCUCCCCAGGCAGCCUCAUUACUGGCAGCAGCACUGAAGGAAGCUGAGAGCCUACAAGUUGCUGUGAAGGCUUCACAAAUGGGUGAUGGAUAUCAAUCAUCAGAGAAGAGUGGUGCAGAAUCUGGCUUGACAGAUAUGCUUAGUACUAGUGAUGGACCAGGACUGUCUACUACUUCACCAAUCACAGAAGGGACAGGAGGAAGAGGCUGUUGGGAUGUGGAUCCCGGGAUCCAGGGUGUGGUAACCGACUUGGCGGUCUCUGAUGCAGGGGAGAAGGUGGAAUAUAGAAUUAUACCAGGCUCUGCACAGUCAGAGAUCAUACAAGCUAUACAGAAUUUAACCCGGCUGUUAUACAGCCUUCAGGCCGCCCUGACCAUUCAGGACAGCCAUAUUGAGAUCCACAAGCUGCUUCUCCAGCAGCAGGAGAGACUAUCUUCUGGCCAUUCUUUCCGAGGCAGCCCACUUCAGGACCAGGAGAAGCACCGCAACCUGGAGAAACAGCGUGAGGAGCUGGCCAACAUCCACAAGCUCCAACAUCAGUUCCAGCAGGAGCAGCGGCGCUGGCAUCGCAGGUGUGACCAGCAGCAGCGAGAGCAGGAGGCCAAGGAGAGCUGGCUGCAGGAGCGGGAGCUGGAGUGCCAAUUGCAGGAGGAGCUGCUGCUGAGGAAUCGUGGGGAGCUGGCCCAUCAGCUCCAGGAGUACCAGCAGAACCUGGAGCGGCUGAGGGAGGGCCAGCGGAUGGUGGAGAGGGAGAGGGAGAAGAUGCGGAGCCAGCAGAGACUGCUGUACCGCUGGAAGCACAGUCGCCAGAGCAGCCUCCCCACAGCGUUUACUCCAGGAAGCAAGGAGGUCAUGGACCUUAAUCGCUCUGAGAGUUUUUGUCAUGAAAAUUCUUUCUUCAUCAAUGAAGCUUUAGUACAAAUGUCACUUAACACUUUAAACCAACCAAAUCCAUCAGAUACCCAUCAGGAUGUUAUUCAUCCCCACAACGUAUCUAACUCUGAUUUGGUACGGACUAGUGAAAAUCAAGUAGAUCUCAAGACAGACGUUUCUCGGCCCUUGAAUGUCAACCAUGAACUGUGGACAGCUCCUGGGUCCUGUCAUCAGCUCCCUCCUCGCCACAAAAGCAGCAAGGAUUCUUGUAAACAUGAUUUGCUAACAUCCCUGACUGAGUUCCCAAACUCCCAGGACUCAACUGCACCUCAACCGCUGACAUUUAUAGCAAAAGCAAAGCUGAAUCUACAGACACUGACCCGACAAGAUGAAGAGACUGGAGAGCCAGCUGAAGAAAAUAUUGUUUACCUCUAA